CGUGUUUCCAGGGCAACGCGGCGCCCCGGUCCCCCCCUUGACUCAGUUGGACUGGUUAACGUCAAGAGAUGUCAACUCCCCCUCUCACAGGGGCAGGCAUACCGCCUGGUGCUUUCUCAGGGACGCAGGCUCAGGCAGCUAGGGAGGUAAACACAGCUUCUCUCUGUCGAAUUGGCCAAGAGACUGUGCAGGACAUUGUAUUUCGAACCAUGGAAAUCUUCCAGUUACUGAGGAACAUGCAGUUACCGAAUGGUGUUACUUACCAUACUGGCACAUAUCAAGACAGACUGGGAAAGCUGCAAGAACAUCUCCGUCAGCUAUCAAUACUCUUCAGAAAACUGAGACUAGUCUAUGACAAAUGCAAUGAAAACUGUGCUGGGCUCGACCCUGUUCCCAUAGAACAACUUAUUCCAUAUGUUGAAGAAGAUGGUUCCAAACAUGAUGAUCGUGGUGCUGCAAGUCAGCUUCGUUUUGCUAGUGAAGAGAGAAGGGAAAUCAUGGAAGUAAAUAAGAAACUGAAACAGAAGAAUCAGCAGCUGAAGCAGAUCAUGGAUCAGUUACGGAAUCUCAUUUGGGACAUAAAUGCCAUGUUGGCUAUGCGGAACUGAACAAGGAAAAUUCAAACUUUGUAAUUGGAAAAGAUACAAAUUUGUUUGUAUCUUAAUUUCUUUCUAAGAAGAAACAUGUUUUUCCACAACCAUAUUGCAGUAAUGUUUGAAAAGUCUUCAAGAUUAAAAUGUUGGGGUUUUGUAAUAACUGAAGUAGUGUUGGCUUUGUUUUUAUAAAAGAUUCAUCCUACAUGUUUUACCUGAGUGAUUCACUUAGGUGGGAUAUAAUACAGCCUAAGGAACUUACAGUAAUAAUUUGGAUUGCUAUGCAAAUGGAAGUUUUCAUAAAUGAAGUGUUUCUGAAUUUUUUUUUUAUGAUACAAUUAACACUGUUUUAAAAAUGUGUUUGCAUGCCAU